UAAACAACUCCUGCUUGACGUUAAUUUUUUGAUUUUUUUUUUUUUUGGUGAGAAGAUUGCCUUACCCCUCUUCAUCGCCCAUGCCGCCCAACGAAGCAACAGCACACACACACACACAUACAUAACUGCAAGCAAAAAAGGCAUCCCGCGACUAAGCCAGCCAGCAUUGAUUGAUUAAUUGACUGCUGCGAGGGGGGGCGUGCAGCGGCGGGGGGUGGGGGGAAGGGCUUAAAGCAGCUCUCAGCAUGGGUGCUCCCCUGCCCAUGCUGCAUCGCCCUCGCAGGGGGACCCCUGCCUGCGUCGAGUCUGAACAGCGGUGGUGGCUUGAGCCCAUCCAUGCUGCCUGCUCAAGCUCUGUUUAGUCCUUGGCCCGCCGCCGGCCUAUGAUGAUGAUGGAUGUGGUGCUGCUGGAGGCAAAACGACGUAACGCACCUCGAGGCUUCCCAAAUGCCCAAUUUAUCAACCAUUGACCUCUCCCAAUUGCUGUCCUCCGCUGAUCACCACUUGUUGCCCCCUUCCAGCCUCUCUCCCAUUCCCUCUCGUCGUCUCUCAACCCAAAACCGUUUGCCAUCUGCUGCUUGCUGCUUCGUCAGUCAAUCGAUACCUCUUGCAUCCUCGCCUGCUCACCCGACGGCGAAUCUUUUACCUCUUUGCUGCUGGCGCCCGUUGCUCGUCCUGGCCCAUCUCGACUCACCCAUCCACUCAGCCUUCUCAUCCGCCCUACAGUAGCAGCACAGCGCUGUACAGUACUUUCGGUAUACUAUAGUACCCGUUGCUGCCCAUUUCCCGAGAGCGUCUUAAUUGCUCUCGAGCACGCCGCAACUCGGCGAUCUUGUGCCCAUCGUGUGUCUUGGUGUACGCGUGUGCGCCUGCCCUACCAUCAAUCUUCUCCACACUCUGCGCUGCGCACUUGAAACGCUCGAGCUUACUGCCACUCCGUCAUCUGCUCAGGCAGGGUCCAAAAGUCAAUCUCGGUGGUCCACUUCUACGGCACCUACUAGAAACCGGCCUGCGAUCGACACCCCGAAGCGUUCAUCAUUACUCCUCACGGAAACCUCCUGGACGGGUGUCCCCAGUGUCAGGCUCAAGUUCAAAAGGCUCGCAGAUCCCACACUGCCUGCCAGUGAUCGUCUCUCCCCACGUUGCUUGUCCCUCCAACCGUCACCGUCGAGUGUUUCAGCCUUCUACCACUGUCCAACACCUUCUUGUCGCUGUCUGUUGUUUGCUUGCAAGCCCCAUCCCUUCCGUUGUUGAAAACAAUCCACCCCCUUCCCUCUCUUCGCCUCUUGCAUUCCUCUCCUGUCCGAUAUGGCAAUGGCUGUCGACAAUCGUCAACAGUCCCAACUCAACGGGAUGAGCUACGAUCCUCUGCGUUACCCUCACCCACAAUUCACCAAUCCGUGGGUGUCGGCCCCGGGUCCGUCGCAGCCAAUGUACCCGACCUCGAUCCCUCCCAAUGUAUCCGCCGGCCUCGAGAAUCAUGCCACCUCGCAGCCUCAGCCCAUAGGGCGCCCUACGAGUAUCGCCAUUCCUUACCAUGGCCUCCAAGUCACGGCGCCCCCUCUCGGAUCAGAUAUCAUGUCGAGAAGUUACACGGGUGGAUAUGCUACUUCUGCUUCUCCCAACACAAACACAAUGCCACAGCCACAGCGAAAUAGCUUCAGCGAUGCCAUGGACGCUGGUCGCGGAAUGGUCUCGUUGAGCCAGUCCGACAUUACCCCUCGCAACAUCUACGGCGCUCAAGGCUCUAGCCGCAGCUCGACCGAUUCCUAUGGCUUUCCCUCGGCCCAUUCCGCCCAUUCAUCCAUAUCCUCUGCCAGUUACAACGGCGGCAACUACUACGGCGGGGAAGGAUCCGUUACCGACUACAGCUCUGCCUCCGAGUCUGUUGACCUGGCGAAUUCACGCACGCUGCCGCGACCGAAUGCCCUCAUGGGCGCCAACAUCCCUCCGGCGCCCUCGUCCAUGAUGAGUCAAUUCAGCUCAAAAGUGUCGUCCAGCUCGCAGAAGAAGCACAAGUGCAAGAUUUGCGACAAGCGAUUCACCCGCCCAAGCUCACUACAAACGCACAUGUACAGUCACACUGGGGAGAAACCCUUUGCAUGUGAAGUAGAGGGUUGCGGCCGCCAUUUCUCCGUCGUCUCGAACCUGCGACGGCAUCGGAAAGUACACAAGGGCGAGGGCCUUGACCACCCCUCCCCCGAAGAUGUAUAAGCAAGAUUGAUUUCGUAACGAUAUUAUCGCAUUACCUGCAUCAUUGUUUUUCGGCAUCAUAUCGCUUGACGCGUGCACUCGAGAUAUCCACUAUCGCGUUUGUUCCUUUUGGAGAACUUAGCCGCCGCACACCAUCUCUAUUCAGAGCUUAAAGUGGCCUAGAUUGAGAGUAGAAAAUCGCGUCAUUUUCCACGACGAUCUCGGGAAGAUGGGAUACCGAGACGAAUUUCCUUGCUUUCUUCUCAGUCGCUGCCAACAUUCCCUGGGUGUGCACUAUGCUUAAUCCCAUACCUCCGAGAUACCUCUUUCUCGUGGCGUGUUUUCGCCUACGACGGCGUUGUCGGUUUCUACCUUCGAGUACUCCCGCUCUGCGAACCAUUUGUUAUCCCAAACGAACGAUUCCCCCAAAGUUAUCCGUCUUGUAUUUGUAUACCUAUUUCCUUAUUGGGUAGCGCCUUUGUUUUUGGUUUUGGCUGUCUAUUCUCCUGGUUUCCGAUCCCCUAUCACUCUAUCACGAACUCGAAUUCCCAUCAAAAACCUAUUUGGGAUUCUAGACAUACCGCCGUCGUUUAUUUCGCCUCUACUACUACACCAGAUACCACUUUCGCUUUUAUCAUUAUCAUGAUUUUUAAUUUUUUAGACCCUCGC